UUCCUCUCUAAUAUUCCCAAGAAAUGAACCAAACCAGAAUCUAGAGAAAUUGCUAUCUACAGGCCAACGUUAUGAAGAAGCUGAUUUUAAUACCAACUUUACCUUUCUCUGCUCAUGAUGAACUGCCUAGCUUUUCUGAAGAAUGCUCAAGCAAUAUAGCCUGAGAGAAGGCUAUUGAAGAAGCUCUGACUUACAAACCCCUUUUUCUGAUGCAUUUCAGGGUGUGUGAGCCACUUUUGUAUUCAGUUCUCCUCGGAUCGUCCCCUCUUUGUUCGUCGAAGUACACGAGCAGUUGCUUCCAGAACUUGAUUCUGGGUCUAGAUAAACAUGAGAAAGAUGGCAGAUAAUGGUAAGGAUUUUCAAGUAGAAACAGAUUCACUUCUUGGACUGAGUGAAUCUGGGAAGCUUAUACCGAGCUCUUCUCGAGUGUUAUCGAUACUUUCCUCUACGUUUGAGAGAUCGAUUCAGAAGAACGAAAAAUUGUUGAAAAGGCUCAAAAAGAAAGACAGUGUCACAAUUUUCCAUGGUUCCCGAGCGCCCACUAUGAGCACGGGACAAUAUAUUGAUCGCAUCUCGAAGUACACAUGUUGUGGCACGCCUUGCUUAGUUGUUGCCUACAUAUAUAUCGAAAGGUAUCUUCAAAAGAUGGGUGCUUACCUUACUUCUUUGAACGUCCACCGCCUUCUGAUCACUAGCAUCAUGGUUGCAGCAAAGUUUAACGAUGCCGGGUGCUAUAACAAUGCCUUUUAUGCCAAGGUAGGAGGAGUGAGCACCAAAGAAAUGAACAGCAUGGAGAUAGAAUUGCUAUUCAAUUUGGACUUCAGACUUCAUGUCACUGCAGAUGUGUUCAGAGCUCACUGUUUGCAGCUCCAAAAGGAAGGUCUGGGGGAGAAUCAAAUUGAUCGACGACCCGGGAACAAGACUCGAACGAGAUGCUUACCUCAAAUUGCAAGCUAUACUUGCAGAGCCAUUUAAACAUUCCAAGAGAUCUCUCUCGAAUUUCAUGGUUAGUUAGUGUUCGAUCUUUAUCAAGUGAACUGGAAAAGUUUAUAAUUCAAUAAUGGUUAAUCAGUUCUCCUUAUGCUAACUGAGAAAUAUUUGUAAUUU